AUGGUGUCGAAGCAUAUUCUGCUCUGGCUCGGCGGUCUAGGUCUGCAAGCAUUCGCUCAGCUUUCAGUGCAAGUCGGCAACGGGGUCUUCUCGCCAAAUAUCGUGCGCGGCUCGCCGGGCCAGACAGUGACAUUCCAUUUCUCAGUCGGCGGGCAGUCAGCAAGCGAGGCAACGGCUCGCCUCAUUGACCCUUGCAACACCGAAGGCGGGUUCGACAGUGGAAUACAAUCUGCGGGCGGCUCCUCCUCCAUCCUGCUUUCCACCACAAACUCGAUCUACGUUUUCUCACAUGCUUCUUGCACAUCGGGGGGCGUCAUGAUCAUCAAUCCUGGGGCGAGUGACAGCGUAGCUCGCUAUCAACAAGUCGCCAAAGCCAGCGGCGGCAAUUCGGAAGGUGACGUGACUUCGCAGGCGGCCACUUCAUCCCUAAGUCUGACCUCCUCGCGCGCUAUAACGAGCGCAUCGCGGUCAACUUCGAGCGGUGUGACAGCGAUCUCAGCUAUGCCUUUGUCAAAUGCCACCACCUCGUCAAAUGCACUCACUAUCUCGAGCACUACAUCGAUGGCUCCUACUUCCAGUGAGCAAGCCAGCGUCGCAUCAAACCCAUCUGUAGCCUCGCCCUCGCCUUCUGCAAACACGGCUGAUUCAGGCGCGACUCGCCGGUUUGUGGCUUCGAGUCCUGCGCACAUAGGCUGUACUGCUUUUGUCCUAGCGCUCAACCUUUUGAUAGGGGGUUUGUAA